AUUUUUAUACAAGGAUUGUAUGAUAUAUUGCGUAUUUACCUUUAGAUAAGUGGGGGACAACACUAGUCUAAUCUUGAUAUUUUGUCAUAUAAGCAUUGUUUUGUAACUAUGUAGACGUCGCGUGCGUACUACUCACCUUAGAAAUAUCUCAAAGGGAUCUGGCCGAAAGAACUAUAUUCAUUAGUCCUAGGACGAUCUGAAUUAACUAUGGAUAGACAACUACUAUCGAGACUUAAAGAUGUUCAGCUUAUACCCUUUUACAUUACAACUACAUUAUUUUUCAUCGUGUGCAAGCCCCAUCUUGAUUAUCCACCGGAGACCUUUUUAACAGCCGCAUUGAAAAUACUACCUAUUAUAUCCCUAGCUGGAUAUUUAAUCUUCAACUUUAAUGAUGCUACAAAAUCACAAGGAAUUUAUACCAAUAUGAUAACAUGCGGGCUUUUGGUAUCAGUUCUUGGGGACAUUUGCAUCGUAUGGAGAGAAGUACUGUUCCUUCCAGGCGUAUAUUUCUUUGGGGUGGCUCACAUGUUUUAUUCACUGGGAUUGCUGACAACCUACGGUAAAAGUAAAAAUAAAGCCUUAUUUGCAUACCUGGCAAUAGCAUCGUUUCUCUGUAUCGCUGGCGGUAUUAAUUCAUGGUUCAAGAUUGGCGUUUUAUUCACUUAUAAUUGCCUUGUAACAAACGUGGGUUUUCUUGGAGUUGCUAGGUAUGAACAAGAACAAUCUCUGUCCGCAAAGCUUGCCGCUUAUGGGGGCGUGCUUUUUAUGAUCUCCGAUUUCAUCAUUGCUGUGGAUAGAUGGAAGUUUGGUAUUUUGGGAUCAGAGUUUCUGGUUAUGAUCGCCUACUACGGAGCACAGGCAUGUCUUGCUUUAAGCACCCUGAAAGAACAUUAAAUACCAAUUUUAAGGCACUACAAAUACAUUUUAAACAUGAUAAAAAUAAUAAUAAUAAUUAUAUCAUUUUUGAUUUCCAGUUUUAAAUACAUUCCACGUUUUCAUUUACGUUAUGUCAUUUGUAUUAUGUCAUAAAAUGUUGCAAAGUUAAAUUUUGUUUAAGACAUUCGAUAAACCUAAGUCUUUGAAAUCUCUUCAGUUGUAUUUUUAAUCAUUUCAGUAUUUGUUUUGUUUUUUCUUGCAAAAUGUAUCAAUGCUUGAAUACUAUAUACGCUGUAUCAUAAGGUCUGACAAGACGUAGGUCUCCUUUCCAACCUUGUGGGUUUUCUCCGGGUCCUCCGAUUUCCUCCCGCUGCUAAAGACCCCUACGCACAAACGAAUUAUUGAAAUAAAAUUGAACCAUGUUAGUCCCGAAAUGACCUAGUUUGUGUCGAGUGGACGUUAAACCCCAUUUCUCUCUCCCUCUCUUAAAUGUAUACUAAAUAUGCAUUUGUUUAAAGGACCCAUGUUGUGAUAUUUUGGAGAGGAAACACAAGUUGUAAAGUUGACCAUCUUUGUUGUGAUUCAAGUUAUCCGUUAGUCAAAUUUUGAACUACCCGUAGAUACAAAGAAUCUCAAUUAUAGCUCUUUAUCAGUCCGAUUAAAAUCGUUUGUAAAUGUCUGCA